AUGAGCACAGUCAACACUAAAAGUUCUUGUAAAGCGUUCAUUCCAGCACGAUUUCCCUUAAAAAAUAAAUCAUCAACAUGACUAGUUCCAAAUCUAUUACUAUGAUCGCCGUUUGCGGACUCUUCGCAAUCGCCAUAGCACAUCCACUAUUGGAAGGGUCAGCGCCAUACAAUGACGAAGCCGCGGUUUAUCUUGUCGCUGACCAAAACUGGCUGGAGGGCGAGCCUUCGGAGCUGCUAGUUCGACAUGCACGUUCACCGUCUUCUUCUGAGGAAUCUGCAAAGGAAGAUAAAGGCAGGGGCAGAGUUGAACUAAAAUACGAGGAAACGGAGCGAGGACGAGAGGGCAGCUUGAAAUACAAUCACAAUUUGCUUAAAAGCGACGACGACAGUUAUAGCAUCGACGCCUAUGCGCAGGGCAGACGUAAUUAUGAUUGGAAUCAAAACGAUUUCCAAGGUGGACUCGAAGGACGCUGGAGUUUUAAGGGUUAAUGUGGUGGCUUAUUAAGAAAUUUAACGAUGUACGAUGCACAAAUAAAUAUUUAGCAAUAA